AUGCGCUGGACAGAAGACGCAGAGAAGAUGCUCUGGCAAACCAUCUUUAACACCCAAAGCUUCCACCUCGAGCUCCACAAGAUCGCUGAAGGAUGGCCCGGCGACGAAAAGCCCACCGCGAAAGCUCUAAAGGAGCACCUGCAAAAGUACCGCAAAGAGCUGGGCUCUGACUGCAAGGUCACCUUUGGAAUGACCAGCAAGGCCAGUGCUGGCGAGGGCAGUGUGCCUGUUACUCCCCGCAAGAGAGCCACGCCCAAGAAGGCUGCUGGUGAUGGAGCGGUGGUGACCCCGAAGAAACGGGGCCGACAGCCCAAGACUUCUACCCCGGCGAAGAGUGGAAGCGAUGACUCCGACGAGAAGGAGGUCAAGAUGGAGGAUGUUCCUGCUACUGAGGAUGCGGAUGCCGAGGCUGAAGCUGAUGAUGAGGAGAGCGAGGACGUUAAGGUCAAGAAGAUCAAGACGGAGUUGGAUAACUAUGAGAUCUGA